CCGCCAAAUCCCUUCGCCAAUUGUUUUUAUACCCUAUUCUUCCUUUCUGAAUUCCCACAAUUCCAUCUAAUUACACACACAGUUUCAGUAAAAAUACACUAAAAGAUCAUCAAUGGCGUCUGAGAAGCUGAGAAAAGAGAAUGUUACUGAUGAACGUAAUGUUGAGGUGGAGAAAGAUAGAGUGCCGAAAAUGACUACCCAUUUCGAGUCUCUCGCCGUGAAGGCAAAAGGUGACGAGGUUCCAGUUCUGCAUGGUGGGGCGGCUGAGACAGAGACUCCGGCCUGUGGAGAGGCGAGAGGCGGAAGAGUGCAUGAAGAAAAACCUCACGAGUUUGUGUCACUUGCUGGUAAAGUUGAAGGUCAUGAGGGUUCUGGUAUGUCGGCCGGAAGAAAAUAUCGUAAAGAAGGGGCUGAAACGGAUAAAGGUGGCGCGCAAAUGCGAACAGCAAGAGAUGGUGGUGGCCAGAAAAAGGAGGAAAUGCAGGAAAAAGCUGGCGGCGGUGAAGGAAGACAGGAGGCUUCACUGGAGGAGAUUUCAAACAUGAGAUCGAAGGCACAGCAGAAUUCUAUGGAGGCGAUUAGAGCAGCUGAGGAGCGGUACGAGAAGGCGAAAGUAUUAGGCGAGACGGCAUUGCAGAAGGCAAAAGAGUCUGCAAGCCAAGCGAAGGGCACUUCUCUUCAAGGGAUUCAAUAUGCAGCCGAGAAGGGUGAAGUUUUAAAGGACACUGCUAAAGACACAUUAGCAAGUGCAGGCAAGACAGCAGCAGACUAUACCAUGCAGGCAAAGGAUGUAGUUGCAGAAAAAGGCCACGCUACUGCUCAAUAUGUAGCGGAAAAAGCCAAGGAAGCCAAGGAUAAUACAGGCGAUAAAGCAGCUGCUGCAAAAGAUGUCACUGUGGAAACCGGCAAAGGUGCUGCAGGGUAUGUAGGGAAGGUAGCUGGGACAGUGAAGGAAAAGGCGGCGGUGGCUGGCUGGGGCGCUGCACACCUUACAGCGGGAGUGGCGGCGGAGGCCACGAAGAAAGUAGCUGGUGUAACUUCCAGUGUUGCAGGAUACACAGGCGAGAAGGUAGCAGGUGCUACACAUACUGUGGUUGGCUAUGCAGGUGAGAAACUGGCUGCUGCUAAGGAUGUGGUGGUGUCGACUGAAGAGAAGGCGGCCGAAUAUGCAGCUCGGAAGAAGGCAGAGGCCCAGCAGUCGGGGAAGAAAUCACAGCAAGACGAGGGCGAAAUGGGGAGCAUGGAGAAUCACGGCCGAGAAGGUGAGCAAAAGCAAGCAGAAUUUCGACCCUCCGAGAAAAUUCACGAGUACUUCGAGGGGCAAAAACAAACAGAAUCUCAACCCCCAGAAAAAAGCCAGUUGUACUUCCAGCCAGAGGGUGAAGCAGGAAGAGGAGAAGAACAUAUGCAACAAAAGGCAGGUAGUUACCUACAAGACAUUGCCGAAACUAUAGUCGAAAUUGGACAAACAACAAAGAACCUUCUUGUCGGCCAUAGCCCAACCCAACCUAGAGGCAACACAGAUGAAGCCAAGGAGGUAGAAGAGCCUUAUCGAGGGCCUGGUGAGGGCAUAUAAAUCAGCUAGUCUUUGAAAGAGUUUUUUCUGAAGCUAAUGUCGACUUGAUUUGCAAGUUUUCCAAAAACAAAAAAAUCCUGAUCUCUUGAGUGGU